CUGCCAGUAGAGGGAAGCCUCAAUGUCGGUAAUUGUGCAGUCAUUGUUUUAAUCGGUGUCAUGUACGCUGGCUUCCAUCACCAUGCUAUUUGUGGGUUUGAGUAUCUAUAAAUGGAAGCACCCUGCUGCCACCACUGCUACGUAUUGGACCUCAUCUGAAGUAGUUGAGAAGCAUGCUGCUCCCAGUGAGCAGACACAGAAGUUUUUCGCCCCAUAAGACUCACCCGGGGGAAGAUAUGGAAAUGGAGCACGUAAAUGGCAGCCUUGACAAGGCAACAACUGUAGCCUCAGCAAACUUCACAUCAUUCAGCUUUGUGCCAAUUCUGACAAAGCUUCCAGCGAAAAGCAGAAUCAUACAUGUUGGGAGAAAAUUGCUGUCAUCACUUCAUCCAAACCAGAGUGUAGAGGAACCCGACAGAGACGCAUCGGGUGAGAACACCAUGGAAGGGGGUGUUUACAAGGCAGAGUUUGUCUACAUCAGAGACUCGGAGGAAACCCCACCAGCUGACUCGCCCCGAGAAACAACACAUGCACUAAAGCUGAAGGCACCCUCCGCUGAUCUGAUUGCUCAACCCUCACCCCCACCCUCACCCUUGUCCUAUACCCCUGUCCCCGCUCUCAGUGAGAAAAUGAUCCGCCACUCUGGUAACUCCAGCCCCGCCUCUACGCAUGCAACCGUGGAAACCAAACCUGACAAGCACGAGGGCCUCUCCUCUCGGUCUGGGUGUCGCAGCACGUCUCCGUGUGCCGGCGUUGGUGGGAGCGGGGGGCUCUAUUUCAACCACGAGCAGGAGCAGGAGCAGGAGCAGGAGCAGGAGCAGGAGCAGCAGCAGGAGCAGGAGCAGGAGCAGGAGCAGGAGCAGGAGCAGGAGCAGGAGCAGGAGCAGGAGCAGGAGCAGGAUGAGACCUUGAGCGCUGCUACUUCCGUCGAGCUGCUCACCUCCCCGGUCUCGUCGUCGCGGGAGUCCAUCCUCUCCGAGGGCUGGGAGAGGGACAAGAGCUGGUCGGCUCCCUACCUGCUGUCACCCGCGCCGUCCCCGGCGCUGUCGUCUCUCAGCUGCACCUGGUCGCCGUGCUCCUCCGUCCGCUCGGGGGCCUUCUCCCCUGCGGUGGUGCGCGUCACGCGCCACUCCCUGGCGCCCGGCGCCAGUCUGGUGCGGAUGGCACCCAGUGGCGGCGGCAGCUGCUCCUCCUCGUGCGCCGUCAGCCGGGGGUCGUCGCCGUGCCCCUCCCCGUCGCCGCGCGCCCGCCACCGGCCCCCGCCUACGCAGCUCUCGCUCCUCACGGCCAUCCUGCGGAAGGGCCGGCUGCCCGUGCUGUCGUCCUCCGUGCAGAGGCCCUACUCCCCCUGCUGGCCCAUCAGCCCCGUCCACAUGUCCUCCUGCCCCGCCUGCCGCGCCGCCGCACGCGUGGGAUCCGUCCUGGGUGGGGCGUCUGUGUCGCAGGACUCCACACACACCACCCCCCACCACCAUACGUCGUGUCUCAAAGAAACGCUUGAGCUGAAGUCCCUGAAUUCAGCAGUGAAAGAGCCCCGGUGCAUUUCACCAUUAGUGGGAGUGUACACAACUCACACGUCUAUUUCCCAGUCAGAGCCAUCAAAGAGUGGCCCUAGUUGUUACACCACGGGAUCAAGGCUGUCCUCUCCAGCUAUGAGAACCUUCACGUCAGAGAGACUUCCCGCUGAUUGUCCACGGCGCGUCCUCAAGCCAGUCAACGCCGAGAUACGUGUGUCCCCGGCCCCGAGCCCACAGCUGUACACAUCUUUCUCCAAACUCUCCAGGUCUCUGUCCCCCAAACCUAGCUAUGCCUUAAACCUAGACGCCGAGUCACAGCCGUGCCACAGUAGCGCUUCUCCUGCGCGGCCACGCUCAAAUGCUCAACCAGCCUCUGGCUCAGAAAAUGACAGCGGCGUCUCACGUCAUCCCUCAGAUGAGCCCUCGCCGGUGACACACUCUCACAGGCUGUCUCCACUUCCCAGAAUCCCCCCGCUCUCGUUCCUGCGCCGCACCCCUACCCCCUGUCUCCUGCCCCCCAAGCCUGACUCCUGCCCCCCCACCCCAGACCGCUUCACCCUUUCCCCCUCCCCGGCAACCCUCAGCCGCGACCUCACCCCGUCACCCUCCUUCCCGCCCUCCUUGACGCCCUCGCCCACCCUCAAGGGUCGCGUGUCAGUCUCAGCUGACAGGGAGGAUAAAAAAAGCCAGCCAUACAAGAUCAAGUCAUUUUAUAAAACCCUUGCAGCCAUCCCCACAAACUCCCUCCUGAUGGAACAGCAGGCCAUUGACAAUGAAGUGGACAAGAAUGAGAAUUCAGUGGACCCUUCAGAGCAAUUUUUAAUGGAGGAGGCUAGGGCCGAGAUGUGCUCGCCUGCCCAACUGCGGGCCCAGUCUGAAGAGUUGUAUGCCGCCAUUGACGAGGUCCUUGAGAGCCCUGUCUCUUUUCGGCGACCGCUCCUCUCGCCUUCGCCCACAAUGCGCUGGGAAGAAACAGACUCAGCGAAGAGAUACACGCCAAGAUCUUCACCAAGAACUGUUGGACGGGAAACUAAAUAUGCAGCCUACCAUUUGCAAUCACUUGGCCUGACUGAACAGCAUGCGACGAAGCCAGGAGUGAUACGUCCCGCCUCUGUAACGUCAAGGUUUCCCACUGACAGUGAAGAGGAGAGAUACUCCCCAAAUCCUUUCAAGACUUAUCUGAACAAUCACCCUGGUAACAACCCAAACAAGUUUGCCAGCUCGCUUGUGGGAGAGCCUGAGGCAGACGGUCGGAGACCUCUGAGCAGCCAGCCCACGGCCAAAAACACCUCUUCUGGAGGAAUGAAGUUCAGCCUUUUACCCCCCACUCUUCGGCUAACCGCAACAGAAGAGGCUCUCUCGGCACAGGCGACUGCACCAUCUCCACUCAGCACCACACUGGCUAAGAUGGAGGUGCAUGAAACUGACAUUUAGGCUGCCUUCAGUUGUUAAGAAAGGUGAAAGUCAUAACUCUCUUGCAUCAAAUGUGAUUAAUAUUCAGUUUAUUAGCUUAUGUGUUAAAAGAAGGUAAAUGUGUUUAUACUGAAAUAAUGAAGCAGAAAAUCAAUACAUGUUAGCCCUUUCACUCAUGCUGUUUGAUAAUAAUAAAAACAAUAACAUCAAUUAAACCAAUUAGAAAAUGAACAGAAUAUUUUAUUGUAUGGAAGGUGUUGAUUUUUUUUACAGAGGAAUAAAGUUAUUUUUGUUUUGUUAA